CCCAACACAAUAACCAUGAACCUCCACAGAAAAAGAAAAAACUAAAAAGAAGUAGAAAAUAUAAAUGGUUAUUUCCAAAAACCUCUGCAAAACCCUCUCCUUAUUCUCACCAAAGAGAAAAGAUUGAGGCAAAGAGCAAGGGCGAAAUGUCCCUCUCUCGUAUCCUUCUUCCAACGCCAGGGCAUCAUCUCCACAAAAGAGCGCUUCCCAAAGCAACAAGAUGGUGUUCAUCUUCGUUGAGCAGUGGAGCAGAGAAACCAUCGAGUUCAGAGAACUCGGAGGCGGGAAAGGGGCAAAGAGCUGCAGCCGAGGCGUCAAAUAACAAAUAUACGGAACCAGCAAAGGGUCAAAACAAAGUGGGGGAAUCAUGGAAUUCUCUGAAAGGCAUUUUUUCUAAUCUGAAGGAAAGAAUGCUGGGCAUUUCCCGAUUUCAGAAGCAAAUCACUGUCGAAACAAUUGAUUCUGUAGCUGAUAGGACAAUAUCUGAGGUUAUUAAGACAAAGAAUAGUCCUCAUGACACUGAAAUUGAUCAACCCAAUAAUAGCAUUCAGAUGCCAAAAGUCAUAAGAGAUUCUCACAGUUGCAAGGAAAAUAUCUCAACGAGAUUAAAAUAUGAUAUAAUUAGGGAACGCUCUUCAUCUGAAGUGCUUGAUGCUACAGUUUUGAACCAGGUUGAGGUGCAUAAACAUUUGGAUGGUACUGAACUUGGUGAGCCUAAAGGUAUAGUUCAGGUCUCGGGAGGUGUAGUUUGUUCUUCAGAGAAUAUGGCUGGUUCUGUUGUAUCCAAUGCUAGAAAGGAGCGUGCUGGUCCAGAAAAUGUUGAAAAUAACUUAACAAAUGCAUCAUUGCAUAGAAGGGGGGAAAAAUCUCUGAGCAAUUUGGGUGAUAUUUUUGCAUCUAAACACAAAGAGAAACAUGUUGGUCCUAAAAAUGUUGAACAUGGUGUAAGUGGAAAUUUAGUUCUAUCAUCAGAGACCUUCAUGGAUUCUCAAAACAGUGAGAAAUGUGUUAGAGCAACUGCAGCUUCCAAUGUAACAUGGAAAAGAUCUUCCAAGGAUAUGGGUCAAUCAGAAGUAGAGCCUGAAUCAGAUAGGAAACUUGGGGAAGUGAUGUUGGACAACACUGGGGUUCUUGAAUCAGAAACUGAGUACCAGUCUUGCGUAACACAUCAGUUACCAGGUGAAGAGUCUAAGAUAUUCCAAAAGGAUGUCACAAAUGGAUCCACAGUAGUUGGAAAUGGAAACCAUCAACUUAACAAAAGAACUUGGAUAUCAGAUCAAACACCUAGUGCAGAUACUGAUGUGGUUAAAAUGCCUGUGUCAUCUAAUCGAUCUCAAGAAGUGGGGUUGGCAAACAUGUUUCUGAGGACAAUGAAUGAUCAAAAAGCUGGCAAAAUCCCCAGUAAAAAAAAUGAUACUUUGGCUUCAAAUGGACUUUUGGGAAUUUUAACUGAAAAAAAUGAAACAACAGGUGAAGAAGAUAUGGGAAAAGGAUUCAACAUUAAUGGCUUAAUUGGCUGCAUUAAGGAGCUGCCUCGAGAACUAUUAAUUACUAAACCUCAGGACGUUGCUAUUCCCAACAAGACUGAUCAUAUCAUUAAAAGGGGAGGCUCAGUUAAAAAGGUUACAAUCCCCGCUGAUUCAGAUAAGCGUGAUGCUAAAAGAAGAGAAAGUUCGUUCAGAGGCCGUGCCAUGGAAAGGGAGACAAACACCAUCGAUGAGAGUGAAGAACAACCAUGUAGGGGAAUCGCUUCCCUUAAUACAGAUUCCGUAUCUAAAAGUGACAGUAGUGACUUGAAAGUUUCAUCUCGAAAAAAGUCAAAACUAAGCCCGCAGAUCCAUCUUCCAACUAGCAAGGAAGACUUAAAUAAGAUCCCAAUUACAUUCAGCCAAAAAGAAGGAUCAACAAAAAGCAAGGUAUUGGUUAGAUUUUUGCACAAAAAUGUAAAGGAUGAUGAUGUUGUUGGUGCUCUAACUGAUUGUGGGGAGAUCGUGAAGGUACAGCUACUUUCCGUUAGUGAAGGAAGCAAUUUCAGAGAUGCUUGCGUGCAUUUUAAGACAAGGUAUGGAUCGCAGAGAGCUCUCAGGAAAACUGACCUCGUUAUAGGGAAUGCCAAUGUCGUUGUUUUGGCAACUUCUUUAGAAGAUGUGCUUAAUAAAGUUUCCAUUCCCAACAUGAUUGGUGAUUCUGAACUUCCCGUUGCAUUAAUAAAGAAUCCCACACGAACAGUUAUGAUUAAACAUUUGACCCAUGAUAUAAGCUCACAUCACCUUAAAGGAGCUCUUGCCUUCUGUGGAAGUGGCAUAUCCAGCUUUUUCUUGGGUUCCUCAAGCUCUGUUGCUUUUGUAGAAUUUGAGACGGAAGAUGCCAAAGAGACAGCAAUUGCAGCAUGUUCUAUAAAUGUUGAAGGAAAACAGCUAUCAAUACUCAGAAUUGAUGUGCCAAGAACAACCGUUAUAAGGAUUUCGAAUUUUGGUGAAACAGUAUCAAAGAAUAGAUUCCAGUCUAUAUGUAAAUCUCACGGGCAAGUGAAGUACAUGAAGGGCCGAGGCAGGGACAUUGUGGAUGUACAUUUCAAGCUUGCUGAAUGGCCUAAUAUGUUGACUAUUCUCAACAGUUUAAAUGGAAUGGAAGUAGAUGGCAAUCGGUGGCUUGCCCAGCCUGCACCUGUUUUUCCUCCAGAAGUCCUUCAAGUCCUUUGGAGUCGGCCAGAUGAAAGAAUUCAUGUCAUAUCUGUUUUGCGCAGACUAUUGCAGAACACUGAACUAAUUAGUCCUGAAAUCACUUUUCGAGCCAACAAAUAUUACAAAGAUAUACUUUGAAUGAGUUAUCAUUGCAUUCUUUGUUCCAAUUUAGCUAUGCAAAUUGGAUACUGAUCAUAUUGUACUGGGCAAUUCGGCAAUGAACUUGGAGCCUUCUUGACAUCCCAUGGAAUAUUCCUCUUCAAAAUAUAGAGCACAGAGGAUUUUUCCUUUUUUAAUUUUCA